GGACACACAGACUUUUGUCUCCAGGAGGGGACGAAGUGGACUCCUCAAUUCACCAGAUUUUAAGUUGACAUCAAAAAAAGAAGAAAAUGGGGUUUGGGACAGGAACGGAUGAGUAUAAAUUGGCACCAACUUCAGAGGAUGGAGUUAAAAAGCUCAAAAAAGGAAAGAAAAAGCAGAAGGACAUGGAUGAACUGAAAAAAGAAGUGGAGCUGGAAGACCACAAGUUAACUUUGGAAGAAAUUCAUCGGAAAUACAGUACUGACCUGAGCAGAGGUUUGUCCGCCUACCAAGCCAAAGAGAUCUUAGCUCGCGAUGGACCAAACGCCCUGACUCCACCUGUUACAACUCCAGAAUGGGUGAAGUUCUGCAGGCAGCUCUUUGGUGGAUUUCAAACACUGCUGUGGAUUGGUGCUUUUCUUUGCUUCUUUGCAUAUUCAAUCCAGGCCAUCUCGGAAGAAGAACCAGCGAAUGACAAUCUGUAUCUUGGACUCGUGCUAGCUUUUGUGGUGACCGUCAAUGGGUGCUUCUCGUACUAUCAAGAGGCCAAAAGCUCCAGGAUCAUGGAAUCUUUCAAGAACCUUGUCCCUCAGCAAGCACUAGUUAUUCGUGAUGGAGAGAAGAAGAUCAUCAACGCUGAGGAAGUAGUUGUCGGUGAUCUGGUGGAGGUCAAAGGUGGAGAUAGAGUCCCAGCUGACCUUCGUGUCAUCUCUGCACAUGGGUGCAAGGUGGACAACUCCUCCCUCACUGGUGAAUCUGAGCCCCAGAGUCGAACCCCUGACUUCACCAGUGAAAACCCUCUGGAGACGAGAAACAUUGCGUUCUUCUCUACCAACUGUGUUGAAGGUACUGCCAAUGGUGUUGUCAUCAACACUGGUGACCGCACUGUUAUGGGUCGCAUUGCCACACUUGCCUCCAGCCUGGAAGGUGGACAGACACCAAUAGCUAGAGAGAUUGAACACUUCAUUCACAUCAUCACUGGUGUAGCUGUGUUCCUGGGUCUGACCUUCCUAAUUCUCUCAGUGAUUCUUGGCUACACUUGGUUGGAAGGGGUCAUUUUCCUUAUUGGCAUCAUUGUUGCUAAUGUACCUGAGGGUCUCCCUGCAACUGUAACUGUGUGUCUGACUCUGACCGCCAAACGUAUGGCAAAGAAGAAUUGUCUGGUGAAGAAUCUUGAAGCUGUAGAGACUCUCGGCUCAACCUCCACCAUCUGCUCAGACAAGACUGGAACUUUAACCCAGAACAGAAUGACUGUGGCUCACAUGUGGUUUGACAAUCAAAUUCAUAUUGCAGACACCACAGAGAACCAAACUGGAGCCUCAUUUGAAAGAACAUCUCCUACCUGGGCAGCCCUUGCACGCGUCGCUGGACUGUGCAACCGCGCUGUUUUUGAAGCUGACCAAGGCAAUCUGCCAGUCCUUAAGCGAAAAACAGCUGGUGAUGCAUCAGAGUCUGCUCUGCUGAAGUGUAUUGAGCUUUGCUGUGGUUCAGUCACUGAAAUGAGAGACAAGUACACAAAGCUUGCUGAGAUCCCUUUCAACUCCACCAACAAAUAUCAGCUCUCAAUCCACAAGAAUCCCAAUCCUUCAGAGUCUAAGCACCUGCUGGUGAUGAAAGGAGCUCCUGAGAGAAUCUUGGAUCGAUGCUCCACUAUUCUGAUUGAAGGAAAACAACAACCUCUGGAUGAUGAAAUGAGAGAUUCAUUCCAAAAUGCUUAUUUAGAACUUGGAGGACUUGGAGAAAGAGUGUUGGGUUUCUGCCACUUUAGCCUCCCAGAUGACCAGUUUCCUGAAGGGUUCCCAUUUGAUUCUGAUAAUGUGAACUUCCCAACUGAGAAUCUGUGUUUUGUUGGCCUCAUGUCCAUGAUUGACCCUCCUCGUGCCGCUGUUCCAGAUGCUGUUGCCAAAUGCAGAAGUGCUGGAAUUAAGGUUAUCAUGGUUACUGGUGACCAUCCAAUUACAGCUAAAGCUAUUGCAAGGGGUGUCGGCAUCAUCUCUGAAGGCAAUGAGACUGUGGAAGAUAUUGCAGCUCGGCUAAAAAUCUCUGUUGAGGAGGUUAAUCCAAGAGAUGCUAAAGCCUGCGUGGUCCACGGUGGAGAAUUGAAGACUAUGACCCCAGAACAGCUGGAUGAGAUCCUCCAACACCACACUGAAAUCGUGUUUGCCAGAACUUCUCCACAACAAAAACUGAUCAUAGUGGAAGGUUGUCAGCGACAGGGUGCCAUCGUAGCUGUGACAGGUGAUGGUGUUAAUGACUCUCCUGCUCUGAAGAAGGCUGAUAUUGGUGUGGCUAUGGGUAUUGCUGGAUCUGAUGUAUCCAAACAAGCCGCUGACAUGAUUCUGCUGGACGACAACUUUGCCUCAAUCGUCACUGGAGUAGAAGAAGGCCGUUUGAUCUUUGACAACUUGAAGAAGUCUAUUGCCUACACUCUGACAAGUAAGAUCCCGGAGAUGUCACCCUUCCUGAUGUUUGUCCUUGUUGGUAUUCCUCUUCCAUUGGGCACAGUCACCAUUCUUUGUAUUGACCUGGGCACUGACAUGGUUCCUGCAAUCUCACUGGCCUAUGAAACAGCUGAAAGUGACAUCAUGAAGAGAGAACCCAGAAACGCUCAAACAGACAGGCUGGUGAACGAGAGGUUAAUCAGUAUGAGCUACGGUCAGAUCGGUAUGAUGCAAGCAGUUGGAGGGUUCUUUACCUACUUUGUAAUACUUGCUGAAAACGGAUUCCUACCCUGGGAUCUGGUAGGAAUUAGAGUCGGUUGGGAAGAUAGAUACCUCAAUGAUCUCCAAGACAGCUAUGGUCAAGAGUGGACGUAUGAGCGCAGAAAGAUCGUGGAGUACACCUGUCACACAGCGUUCUUCACCAGCAUUGUAAUCGUGCAGUGGACUGACUUACUCAUCUGUAAAACCAGAAGACUUUCAAUCCUACAGCAGGGAAUGAAAAACAAAGUCCUCUCCUUUGGACUGUUUGAAGAAACUGCUCUGGCUGCUUUCCUGUCCUACUGCCCGGGCAUGGAUGUGGCUGUCAGAAUGUAUCCUAUGAAACCAAUGUGGUGGUUCUGUGCUUUCCCAUACUCACUACUUAUCUUCAUCUAUGAUGAAGUCAGAAAAUAUAUCAUCAGACAGAACCCAGGAGGCUGGGUGGAACUAGAAACAUACUACUAAGACAAGACCUUCUUGUUGCAAACCUAUGCAAGGAGAAAUGUAUUGUGAAAUUUUUAAAACAAUACACUAUCUGGCAAUUUUCUGUCAAUAAAAAUGUGCAAAUUGA